UAUGAAUCGAAAUAUAUUUUCGAUUGCUGCGGCGAGGGGCGACUUCUCGUAGCGAGAAAUUCGUUCACUCUCGGUUUGAUUUUGCACUACCGUGUUUUGCACGAAUUGUGAGAAAGUGUUGAUAUUUGCUUAUAAGAAUCUUUGUCAAUGUUGUGUUAGGAUUAUUUAGAAACUUACUUGAUUGUACUUGACUGUCAAUUGUGUGACUGUGCGAAGAAGUCUCCCAUUUAUUUUGUUUUUCGACACCAAGCGGCUUUUAACAUUGUAUGUGACAUUUCAAUUUUAUGUGAAUGAUUUAACGGUAAUAAUUGACUAUUUCUGUGCUUCAACUUUUCCGAAAGGGAAAUGAAAAUUAAUUAUAUGUCUUUAAUUUUAUCGGUAGUGUACCUUUAAUAAUUGUAGUGUUCAUGCAACGAUGGAGGGAAUGCCUAGUGGGACGGGAUUGAGUAUUUUUCAGGGUUCAGGACAAUUGCAGCUUGACACUGGCACACAAAGUGAAUUGGAAGAGGAAGCUGCGGCAGAUCAGCAACGCCGAGAUAAAGAGUUACAGAAAUUGCUGACAAAUGCUUUUGAUGACCUGUACGACGACAAUGAUGAUCAAAGCACACUCAGCAGUAUUCCUGUGUCAGAACACAAUUCUAAUGAUGGAGAUAAUGAAGAAAAUCAAGCUGAUAAUAUUGCAGAAAGAUACCACGCUGCAUUAUUUUCGAACACUGACCAGGGCCCACAGUACAUUCUGGAAAGUGGCGAGGAAGCGAGAAGAUACCAUUAUCCAAGUGAAGUGGUAGCUUCAAAUGCGACUGGUGACAUGGAAUCCUACAUGAACAGAAUUAAUCUGGUUGAUACUAUGAGCCAUCAGCAUGAAAUGCAAGGUGCUGGUGGUGACUCAACCAGUGUUUCGGCGUUGCAUUACCAACAUUGUUUUCGUACUAGUCCUGGUGGUAGGGGUUCUACUGAUGUACCUACCCAUGAUGAUAAUGAACGAUACCGGCAAACAGGCCUUGGCAGUAUGGAGCAGCUGCAAGUACUGUAUGAAGUGCGUGUACGUGAAGUAGCACGGCUCACACAGCAGCUGGAGUUGCAGGCUCAAGAAGCAGCAAGGGAGAAAGAUGAUCUGCACAGGCAAGUGGCAUUCCGAGAAGCUGAGAAAGAGCGUGCCAAGAUGCUGUAUCAACAAGCUCAAGAACUUCUUGUUGAGAGUAAAGGUAAAAUAGCAGAUUUGGAGAAACAUGUAUCUUCUCUGGAGGCUACUGUGAAGAAUCUUGAAAAAACUAAAGCAGAUUUGUCAGAAAAACUGGAAGCUAGUAAAGAAUCUGUGGAAGAUCUUCACCAGAAAAUCACAUUGCUGGAAAGGGGGAGUCUGAACAACACAGACAAACACUUGGAUGCAUUUCUACGAAAUGUACAGAAAAUGCACAGUCAGCAAAUAAAAAAGCUGGAAGAUGAACUAGCUCUUGCUGUAUCCAAACUAAGUGCAAAGGAGUCAGAACUCGAACAACAGAAACAAGAUGCAAUUCAACGCCAACAACAGUUAGAAGCUCGACUUGCUGAGAAAGGUGACACUGUCAAUCAAAUGGCUCGCAGUUUGGAGGAGGCUCAGCGUCAGUGCCAGAAUUUGAUGACUCAGGGUGCUGCGCAGGAAGUAGCACAUUUACGACUGAAAUUAGGUGCAACAGAAAGUGAAUGUAAAGCACUUACUGAACGAAUGCAAGUUUCCCAGAGAGAGAUGGAUGCCCUUCGUGUGGAGCUGAAGCAAUAUGAGUCAGUCCUCAAAGAAGAAUUACUACAAGAAGCUCCAGAUGGGACAUCUGACUCUCUGCUUGCUAUGGGAUUAAGCGGCAAUAGUGGUCAGCUGCGAAACGAGCUGCAACGAGCUUUACUAGGGCAGAAGAUAAAGCGUGAUGAAAUUGCCAGUUUGACAAAGCAGCUAGAAUCCUUUUCUCAAGAACUUGCAGGUCUUAAAGAUAAGGAGAAGCACUACAACACCCGGAUAGAACAGCUAGAGACCAAAUGUGUAUCUCAACAAGAAGAAAUUCAAAGGCACCAACAAUCUUUGACAGAAACACGCCUUCUACUUAAUGAAAAGGAAAACCUCAUAUUGCAGCUGAGAGGAAAACUCAAUACAAUGCAAGAAAAUUCAUUUGCCCAAGCUGAAGCAGAACUGGCUGAAAAAACUCAAGCCCUUUUAGAAGCAAAGGAACAAUGCCAGAAACUAAAAGAAGAACUUGUUUCUCUAAAAAAAAGGGAAGAGAAUCCUUUGAGAGAUUACAGUGGAGAAUAUUUACGAUUUCAUGAACAAAAGUUAGCUCAGGCACUUGAAGAACGUAACAGAGUGCACAAAGGAGAACUAGAGACAGUCAGGGCAGAAUUAGAGCAAGCACGAAAGGAAGGUGAUGGAGUGAAGGAAUUAUAUAUCAACGUAUGUCAUUCCAAAGACGAGUUGGUCACUGCAUUACAAAAGGAACAGAACCAGGUGAAAGAACUACAAGCACAAAUUAUGCAUUUACAAGCAGAACAGCAAGCAACUAGCCAUAUCCUUCAGGCCAGCUCAUCUAGGGUUCACACUGAUCUUCAGGCUUUGAAGGGUCAACUGCUGUCAGAGAAAAUGAAAGUAGAAGAACUUCAAUCGCAAAACAAACUGCUCUUGGAGAAACUAGAGAAAGGCAAAGAUAACUUGGAGGCAGCCCAGAAAGCUGUCACUGAGAUUGCUGGGUUGCAAGCGGAACUGGUUGCACAAAAGUGCCAACUAAAAGAUCUUGAAGAACAUUAUGAAGGAAAGUUAAAACAAAUAAGCUUAGAGAAGGAACAAGCCCUCCAAGAAGCAGAGAAUAGAUCUAAGAACUUCUAUACUGUGAAAGUUACGGAAGAAAUUGAAAAAGCUAAAACAGAUGCUCUGAUUGACCUAAAGAAAAACUGGCAGGAGAACAAUGGAGAUGAUACAUUGGUUGCAAAGUUGAAACAGCUAGAAGAGGACCAUAUGGUUUUGGAACAGCAGUUGGAAGCUGCUGUACAACGUCACGCUCAAGACACUGCAACACUCUCUCGCCACUUGGAGCAGGCCAAAUCUAGGGAGGCAGCACUGUGUCAAGAACUUGCAGUGAAGUGCACGUUUGCUUGGGAAGAAGAAUUAGAGUUGCUCAUUCGUUACUUGUACGAUCAAGAUGAAGAACUGAAUAAAUUGAAGCAAACGUCAGAAAGUGAUGAAAUUUCGGGGUCUUCUUCAAUUGAGAAGGUAAAAAAGGAAAUGAUGGGAGCAUUUGCAGCUAAAUUACAAUCGGUACAAACUCAGCACCAACUGCAACUGGAGGAAACUUGUGAGCGUGUUAAAGAUGAAACUGUCCGGUUCUGUGUGCAGCAGAUCCGUCAAACAGAAGAAAAAUAUCUCGCAAGUAUAAAGAAAUGUAAAGAAGCCUAUGCAACUGAGAUGGAAAAAUUGCGUUCAGCCUUAGCAGAAACUGAAACAAAACUUGCUACCACCACAGAAACUUUAAGAGAGACAAAAACAAUUCUGGAAAAGGAAAGAUCUGUAAAGGGCAACGAUAAAGAAUUGAAGACCAAAGUCUUAGCAUUGGAGAAUCAAUUGAAAAAUGUUGCAUUAAAAGCUGAAAAGACAGAAAAGACCUUGGAAUCCACAAAAGCAAAAUAUCAUGCUGCUAAAAAGGCAGUUUACAAAUAUAAAAAAUUCAUUGAAGCUCAACAAAAGCACAUGGAGAAAGAAUGGGAACGGAUAAAUGUUGGAUAUCAACAAACUCUCAAUGAAGUGCAACAAAAAUUAACUAAGCUUGUUUGCUACCCCUCUAAGACGGCAUUGGGACACCGCGAAUACGUUGUGGCGAGUGUCCGUGUCCGUCAUUCCCGGUUAGAAGGUAAAGAUAGAAGGAAGUGGCACGUAGUGGUCGAUUGUGGUCUUCAAAGGAUUACAGUGAGGCAUGGAGAAGAGGAUAGAACUCGAAAAGCGGGGAAGAAACCCGGCGAAAAACAAGUAAAUGAAAUCCUGGAGUUGAAUCUGGACAGUUGCAGGAGUACCAGUUUUGUUGGUUUCAGUGAUGAGUUCACAAAUUUACAGUCUUUAAGUUUGAUAAAUGCAGGUCUUACAAGUUUGAAAGGUUUUCCAAAACUACCAAACUUAAGAAAGUUGGAGUUAAGUGACAACAGAAUUUCCGGUGGUUUGAAUGUUUUGGUUACAAGUCCAAAGUUGUCACUCCUUAACCUUAGUGGUAAUAAAAUAAAAGAUUUGGAUGCCUUAGAGCCAUUGAAAGAACUUAAGAAUUUGAAAUUCCUGGAUUUGUUCAAUAAUGAAGCAACUCUUGUUGAUAACUACCGUGAAAAAGUCUUUGGUCUCAUUCCCAGCCUCAAGUACCUGGAUGGAUUUGACAAAGAUGAUAAAGAAGCUGAAGACAGUGAGGUAGAAGACGAUGAAGUAAAUGGGAACGAGAGUGAACUGUUAAAAAUGCUGGAAUGUGAUGUUCUGUUUUCAGAUGAUGAAGAAGGUCUUGACGAGGAAGAUGAAGACAUAGAUGAAGAGGGUGUAGGAUUGGAUGCGGUAUACAAAGAUGAUUUAGAUGAAGAAAGUGAAGGUGACGAUUAUGAAGGAGAAGGUGUAGAAGAUGAAGAUGAGGAUGAAGAAGAAGAUGAAGAUGAGUUGGGAGAAGAGGAGGAGGAAGGAGAUGAAGAAGAUGGUGAAGAAGGAGAAGAGGGGAAGGAAGAAGCAACACCACGAGGAAAGAAGAGAAAGCAUGAGGAUGGUGACGGCAAUUAGGCCUUCUCCAUUCCAACUCACACAUGGCGGGUUGUGCUGGUGUGAGGAGCCUGUGAGCUCGUGGACAAAGAGACUGAGAGGAGUUUGUUAUGGCAGUGGGCUGUGGCGACUGUGUCCGGUGUAGCAAGCAAAGUUGAUGUCGCAUUUUUUUAACGUCUCGGCCAAUUUUAAAUAUUAAUUAUUAGAAGAGAAGAGUGUGAAUUUGACCUUAGGUGUUAACGGAGGCAAUUACUCUGCUGAUGCACUGGAAAUAAAUGCGGGCUGGCCACGGUGCUGCUCUCUCCACAGUUGGGAACACUGGAUGCGGUUGGGCAGUGCUCAGGAUGCUGCCUUUGCCCAGAGGAACUGGAUCCCCCAGUCUCUUCUACUCUUGACAAGGGUGUGUGUGUGUGUGGUUGUCCAAUUCGGCGCAAGAUACAUGAUGGAACUCAAAGGCUAGAGAUAUCUUUUUGUACAGGAUUUAAUAUAUUGCAAAAUAAUCCCAUAAACAUAUGAUUAUUGUUCUAAUUGCACUGUAUCCCUGCACAUGUAGCAGAGACAUCUUAGCAUCUAGUGUAAAGGACUGCUAAUUUGUUUUUAUGAGAGACCUGUAGAUUUAAGAGUUGAUGAGAUUUGUCCAGACCUGGUAAGAUCCAGUACUAGAGAAAUAUAUCUUAGUUCGUAAAAAUGCCUUACCGAUCAGCACCAAUGGGUCUUAAUUUAUGUCUUAACUAGGAUUCUCUGCCUGCCGGCAUGAGAUAUCUUUGCCCUCCAGCCUGCCAUAGACUGCCAAGGGUUCGGUUUAUCCAAAUUGAAAAAUAAAGUACAAAUUGUCUGAUAUUUUGUAUCACUGAAUUUUUGAGUGCUGGGAUUCUAUGGUAGGCAGGAGGGAUAUGUUACUUUUUAAGAAACCUGCACUUCAUACAUUUUCUGGUGAUCAAAAGAACUGUUAUCAAAAUGGAUUACUUUGUGUCCAUCACAUUUAUCAGGUAAAUGUAUUGUCUGUCAGUUUUGUUGUUAAAAUGAAUUUUCCAGAAUUGUCUUUUUAAUUUUGUUUCCUUUCCCUUCCUUGUUCGGUAUUUAAAACUGAAGAAAAUUUUACUAUUGUGGUAAAAUACGUGUUUAAUAACAUUCAGUAGGUUAUGGUAAUUUUAGAUGUUUAUAGGAUAAUUGUGUAGUGUGCUUUUGACAAAAUUAGGAUUGUGAAAUGAAUACAUUCUUAUAUACUUAUAAGUUUACAAUCCAAAAAAAGUAUUGUAUUUUUUUUUAAUUGCAGCAUGGUGUGUGUAAGGGGAGGGGGCAUGCAGUUUCAUUGCUUUCAGUAUGGAUCGUUUUUAGUAUGAAGUUGACAAUGUUCUCAAUUGUGCUUUCAGUAGAUGGUAGGUUCUUUAAGAGUUGUUUGACAUGUCUGAAUUCUGGCAAUUGGGAGGUCAAAAGUAGGAAUUGCAUCAUCCCAUUAAUUUUCAGUUGGUCUGCUGUAAAUUUUCUUCUGAAAAGAAUUGUGCAUUCUGUUGCUUUUUGAUAUGGCUUUGAAUUGUUGCUAACAAUUUUAGACAGCUUCUGCAAUAGGAUCCUGAAAAUUAAUUAUAAAGUUAUGAUUUCAGAAUAAAUAUAAGAUUAGUUAAAAUAGUUGUGAUGUAAUAUAAUUUGCACGCUGCAAUACUACACUAAGGAAAUGCUCUUCAUACAUG